AGGGACAUUAUUCAACCCGGAACUGUGAAUGUGAUCAAUUAGAACUCUCCGAAAACUUGGAACGAAGUGUAACAGCCGAUCGUGCGAAAAGAAUCAAAUCACUGUCGCCGUUUCGCGCGAGCCAAGCGCAGAUGUUUAUCCGCUCCGCUGCUCCGAGAUCUCGCAGAGAGUGAUUUUUCCUGCUCUCCAACAGGUUGUAGAUAUUAAUUUCUCAACAUGCCACAACAAAAGGAUAUAGUAAAGAUUGCCAUUCAGAUGCCGGGCGCAUACCCGCAGCUCAUUCAGCUAGACCAGAAAAAGCCCCUCACCGCUGUCAUAAAAGAGGUUUGCGACAAGUGGAAUCUUCCGGGUCCUGACAACUAUGCCCUGCAAUAUGCAGAUGGGAUCCAGACGUACAUCACUGAAUCUAACCGCCUAGACAUCAAAAACGGCAGCAUCCUGCGUUUAACCAAAGCACCAGGCCGUUGUGCUGAAGAUCUGUAUAAAGGCAUUCAGAGUUCAGACUCCGGCGUGCGCUGUGACUCUCUGAAGCUGCUGGCCGAUGUCUCCACCGACAUCACAUUCGCUCAAGAGUUUAUCAGCCGUGAUGGACACUCCCUGCUCGUCAAGAUAGUAGAGGACGCUCACGAGGCUCCUCUGAUAAUGACACACACUCUUACUGCUUUCAUGGAGCUCAUGGAUCAUGGCAUUGUGUCCUGGGAGAAUCUGUCCAGUGUCUUUAUCAAAAAGAUCGCCGGUUUUGUGAAUGCAAAGGUUCUAGACACGUCCAUCCAGCAGGUGUCACUGGCUAUCCUGGAGAGCAUGGUGCUCAGCAGCAGUAGUCUGUUUAAUGAGGUCAAACAAGAAAUCACCCUGGAGAGACUCAUUUCCCAUCUGCAGGUAACAAACCAGCAGCUGCAGACUAAGGCCAUGGCUCUGCUGAUGGCGAUGCUGCAGGCUGGUGGAGAGGCAGACAGACAGCUGAGCGAGCGUGUCAUUGCAGUCCAGUCUGUCACAGCUGGACGCUCACUACAAGAAAGACCCAUCAUUUCAGUGUCCGUUUCUCCUCCCCUGCUGGUUUAUUCAGGCUUCCCCAUCUCCCCUUUUCAGUUCACCUUCAUUUCUCUUGACCUGAACCCCAGAGACAUGUUGUAG